AUGACGCUAACAACUGCGCUCACCCUCGCCUCAAUCCUGCAUACAAUAUGCACGGCGGCCCAGAACCUCUCCUACGGCGCCGACAACUUCUACCGCAGUAACCUGGUGACCCUCCAGCCUGUCACCUUCCCAACCGCAUACCAAACCACUAUCGCGGGUAACCUCUUCAUCCCCAAGAACAUCACAUCCACCCCAGCCCCAGCCAUCAUCGUCAGCCACCCCAUGGGCGCCGUGAAAGAGCAAAGUGCGAACCUCUACGCGACCAAAAUGGCCGAACAAGGCUUCAUCACGCUCUCCAUCGAUCUCCCCUUCUGGGGUGGCAGCUCCGGCGAACCGCGCAACGCCGUCUCCCCAGACCUCUACGCCGAGGCUUUCAGCGCCGCGGUCGACUACCUCGGCAGCAACGCCACCACCAUCACAACCAUCCCCAGAUCCCCUCUGCCUCGCGGAAGCUUCGUCCUCAGCGCCGCCAAGAUCGACCCGCGCAUCAAAGCCAUCGUCACAGCCAGCAUGUACGACAUGGGCGGCGUGAGCCGUCACGGCCUGCGCCACUCGCAGAACCUCACCCAGCGACAAGCCGCCGUCGCGGAAGCAGCGCUGCAGCGCUGGCCUGAGUAUCAGCAUACCGGUCCCGUCGAGUACACUGGCGGAACGCUGAAUGUGCUCACGCCCAACGCUUCCGCCGUGGAACGCGAGUUCUAUGAUUUCUACCGCACGGUGCGUGGGGAGGUCACGCCACCGGGGUCGAUGCCGGAAUUGACGACUCACCCGACGCUGACGAGUAGUUUGAAGUUUAUGAAUUUCUACCCCUUGGAGGAUUUGGAUGUUAUUGCGCCUAGGCCGUUGUUGUUUAUCUCCGGGGAUCAGGCACAUUCCAGGGAGUUUAGUGAGGAUGCGUUCGCUAGGGCCGGCGAGCCGAAGGAGUUGUUGUGGGUUCCUGGGGCCGGGCAUGUGGAUCUUUAUGAUCGGGUGGAGUUGAUCCCGUUUGACAGGAUUGCGGCUUUCUUUAGGAGGAACUUGUAG